CUAGAUUAUGAUAUAUUAAAAUCAAAAUGGCACAAGCUAAUAAGAUUGGAAUAUUCAAGAAGGUUAUCAAACUUUAACCAAUUCUCAAUUAAAAACAACCUCACAAAAACUCAAAAAGAAACCCAAUGGUCCGAAACCAUCAAAAAAUUUAAAAAAGAAUGGAGCAUAAACACUAAUGAACCAAUUCCAACAAUUACACCACCAAUUAAUUAUUAA